CACGGGGAAGGGGCUGAAUGAAACAUCUCUGCUGUGAUGGUAGGAUGGAGACCCAUAACAUAAUCAUCAUCACACAGGCGACGAGGAAUGGAGACAUUCAAUGUACUUGGGAAUGAAAUCUCUCCGGGAGACGCACUACCGGGUCCGUCACACAACGAGACCGUUUGGAGCUUGUCACCUUCACCGGGCACCGGACCCUCACCUGUAUCCGAGCUCUCCUUCAGCCUAAAGAGCCUCCGAUGCCACGACGGCGCCGACACCCCACGCAGAAAGCUGCGACUGACGCCGGAGCUAGUGACUCCCAGUCCCCCCGGGCCCACGCCGGGUUCGACUUGUGGCAGAGGGCUUGUCCCUCAGGGAGAUGAGACGCCGACAGGUAAUGUCCUAACAGACUCCGGGAACAGGAGAAGGGGAGAGAGGUUUCUCUCCCCUGCAUGUUCUGCUCCUAAAAUGAAGCGUCUGCGUGUGAAGCUGUCGACCCGGUUCUGCAGCGCUGCAGUUCAGAGGUCAGACCCAGGGGUCAGGGGUCUCAGAUGUCAAGGUCAGAGUUCCCCGCCAGGAGGCGGAGCCUUGCGUUUCCGUCAGGGUGACGUGGAGCUGCCAGAUGUUGAGGCAUUGCUCUCUGUACGGCGGGUCAGGGCCAGGAGGCGGCAUUUCCCUCCCAGUAGCCUCCUGGGUUCUACCAUGGAGGACCACACCCUGACAGGAGAUUACAGCAAGCCACUACUGUUACCAGUAGAGAGAGUGGAACACCAGGAUCUUCACUGCGUCUCAGCCCAAACAGUGGCGUCUCUGCUAAGAGGACAGUACAGUGGUACAGUGGGAGAGUUCCUCGUCAUAGACUGUCGCUACCCUUAUGAGUACCACGGUGGACACAUCAGGGGGGCAGACAACCUCCACACCGAGGCUCAGAUCCAGGGGCUUUACUCCAGCUCCCUGCCCUCUACCAGCUCUCCUCCUGGGGCAGAGCUCCCACCAGCCCCCUGGACAGGCUCCAGAUCCAGGCGUCAGUGGUACUUCCAUGGUUGGAGUGUUACAGAGGUCCAGCUCACAGUCACAUUCACCCGGAAGUGGCACCACGCCACCAGAACAGGGGUCACCCAUGGAGGGGUCAUCGCCACGGAAACUGAUUGUGUUCCACUGCGAGUUCUCGUCAGAGAGGGGCCCACGGCUAUGUCAUUACCUGAGAGAGCUGGACAGAGCACUCCAUGCCUCCCUCUACCCUCUGCUCUUCUACCCUGAGCUGUACCUGCUGGAGGGGGGCUACAGACACUUCUACUCCUGCUACCCGGAGCUGUGUGAGCCGUGUGGCUAUGUUCCCAUGCUCCACAGGGAGUACAGAGAGCAGCUGGGACGAUUCAGACAGAAGACCAAGUCACGACUCCACAGGAGACUGCCACUCUACAAGACUCACUGAUUGGACACUUGCUUGCAUAUCAAGUUUCUACGGUUCUCUUUACACAAUGGUGACUGCCACCCUUACAGUCUGCUGUCAGAUUGGAUAGAUUGGUAUCAGGUGGUUGUUGCAGAUCUCUUUUGAAAUAAGUUGUCAAUAAAGUUGUUUCAAUACAAAAAGAA